CAGGCCAGUUUGAAAACUUUGAAUACUGACAAUGGUACAAAUGCUCCCCUUAUUGGGCCGUUGUACAGUAAACUCAGAUCUGGUCAGGACCUUGGAUGGCAACUCCCUGAUGCUGGCCUCCAUCCCUUGGGCCAGCGGGCUAGGAGACGCCCACCCAUAAAGACAGGGAAACUGCGGAAGAUGUUUGGCUGGGGAGACUUCCACUGCAAUGUACGGACGGCUUCCUUGGACCUGCUGAUCAAGGGCAAGAUUGUCGAUCACGGAAACGGGACCUUCAGCGUUCACUUUCUGUGCAACACCACCGGUUUGGGGAACGUUUCUGUUGGACUGGCCCCGCCCACUAAGGUAGUGGAGUUCGGUUUGGCGCAAGAGACAACCGGGGAAUCGGUAGAGUCCAAGCUGUUCAACUGCAGGGUCGAAUCGGAGAAGGUGGAGCAGAGCAGCAGGACCGCCUGGUGCAGGAACAACCCUUCCAAGAGCUGCGACCACCAGCAGACCCACAGCCACGUGUCAUGGCUGUGCGCCAAACCAUUCAAAGUAAUCUGUGUCUACAUCUCGUUCUACAGCGUGGACUACAGACUGCUGCAGAAAGUCUGUCCGGACUACAACUACCAUAGCGACGCUCCUUACUUUCCUUCUGGAUGAUUGUGAAAAUAUACAUGCGACGUUUGUAAAUACACUGUUAGAAGACGGCAAAAGGGCCGCAGAAAAAGUGCUACCUGUCAUUGGUGGUUCUUUAAAGAAGCAUUUUUGUUCAUGAGAUAAAGUUAAAGUGUGAA